UUAUGCAACAACCUCCCCAAAAGAUGCGAAUUAGAGCUUUUCCAUCGGCAGUUGACGAUUCAUAUAUUUCUUCAACUUGGGAUUUGUUGAAGAAGGCGAUUCAAGAAAUUCAGAGGAAAAACAAUUCUGGGCUGAGUUUUGAGGAGCUUUACAGGAAUUCGUACACAAUGGUUCUUCAUAAACAAGCAGAUAAAUUAUAUACUGGACUUCAGGAAGUUGUUAGAGAACAUUUACAGACUAUGGUGAGGGAUGUUGUUCUUGACUCGAUAAAUGGACGUUUUUUGGAAACUUUGAAUCGGAUUUGGACUGAUCAUACAACCUCUAUGGUUAUGAUACGCGAUAUUCUAAUGUAUUUGGACCGUGUUUAUGUUACCCAAACUGGUGUUGAACCUGUUUAUCCGUUAGGAUUGAGGAUUUUUAGAACAGAAAUUGUUGACUAUCCGCCAAUUAAUGAACACUUAAAAGCAACACUUUUGGGACUUAUUUCAAUUGAAAGACAAAAAGAAAUUAUUGAAUGGUUUGCUUUUUUUUUAAUUUUGGGUCAUCCCAUAAGAUGA